UACAGCAUUCAUUUACUUACUUGGUUAUUCAUUUCAUCCUUUAAUCUAAAACCCAGCUAUCAACCCUAAUUCUCUCUUUAUCGUCUCACUCAAUCUUAACCUUCCACCAUGGAUAUUGAGGCAGAUAUUAGGUCACUACAACUCGACUCAGCUGAAGUAGAAGAGAAUAAUGGGGCGGUGGUCGAUGUGGAAGAGGAGAAACCGUUAGAGGUGGAGGAGCAUGUUGAGAAGAUGGAUGAAGAUCCUAUUCCUAUAAACGAUGCUGCCCACAAGGAAGUGCCCGCUGAAUCAAAUGUGAAACAUAAGGUGUCUGCCGCAACAGAAGCAGAAACAGCAGAAGAGAUAGAAGAGGCUAACAAGAAAAGGCAUUUAAAUGUUGUUUUCAUUGGCCAUGUUGAUGCUGGCAAGUCCACAACUGGAGGUCAGAUACUUUUCCUUAGUGGUCAGGUCGAUGAUCGUACAAUUCAAAAGUAUGAGAAAGAGGCUAAGGACAAAAGCAGAGAGAGUUGGUAUAUGGCAUAUAUUAUGGACACUAAUGAAGAGGAGAGGGUUAAGGGUAAAACAGUAGAAGUUGGAAGAGCACAUUUUGAAACAGAGACAACCAGAUUUACAAUUUUAGAUGCACCGGGCCACAAGAGUUACGUUCCAAAUAUGAUUAGUGGAGCAUCUCAAGCUGAUAUUGGCGUACUGGUAAUUUCUGCUCGGAAAGGAGAAUUUGAAACUGGGUAUGAGAGAGGUGGACAGACCCGUGAGCACGUGCAGCUUGCAAAGACUUUGGGAGUGUCUAGGCUGCUUGUUGUUGUAAAUAAAAUGGACGAUCCUACUGUCAAUUGGUCUAAAGAAAGGUAUGAUGAAAUUGAAUCAAAGAUGAUACCAUUUCUACGGUCUUCAGGCUACAAUGUGAAGAAAGAUGUCCAAUUCCUUCCAAUAUCUGGUCUGAUGGGCACAAACAUGAAAACAAGAGUGGAUAAGAGCAUAUUUUCAUGGUGGGAUGGCCCAUGUCUUUUUGAAGCCUUGGACGCCAUUGAAGUUCCUUUACGAGAUCCUAAUGGUCCUUUCAGGAUGCCUAUUAUUGACAAAUUUAAAGAUAUGGGAACUGUAGUUAUGGGCAAAGUAGAAUCUGGUAGUGUGGCUGAGGGUGAUUCUGUGUUGGUCAUGCCAAAUAAGACUCAGGUGAAAGUUCUUGCUGUAUAUUGUGAUGAAAACAAGGUUAGACGUGCAGGGCCUGGUGAAAAUCUGCGAGUUAGAUUAUCUGGAAUUGAUGAUGAGGAUAUAUUGGCAGGUUUUGUUUUAUCAAGUGUUGCAAAGCCAAUAGUAGCAGUUACAGAAUUUGUUGCUCAACUGCAGAUCCUUGAACUGUUGGAUAAUGCCAUUUUUACUGCUGGUUAUAAGGCUGUUUUACACAUUCAUUCAGUAGUAGAAGAAUGUGAAAUUGUUGAGCUGCUACAACAGAUUGAUCUAAAGACGAAAAAACCUAUGAAAAAGAAAGUGCUCUUUGUAAAGAAUGGUGCUAUUGUUUUGUGCCGUAUUCAGGUAAGUAACUUAAUAUGCAUCGAGGGAUUUUCAGAUUUUCCACAACUUGGAAGGUUUACUCUUCGCACUGAGGGGAAAACAGUUGCUGUGGGGAAAGUCACUGAACUUCCGGCUUCAGGCUCUAGUUUCUAGACAAUUUUGGUAUUGAUGGCCGAGUUAAAAGAACAAGUUUUUUGUGUACCUUUGAGAGCUAGCACACUGAGAAGCUUCUAGACGACGAAUUCAGAUAAUUAAGGAAUGAAGGUACUGAUUGGGUCAAAUUGGGUGUUACUGUUGCUGCUGGUGCUUUAGAUGUUUUACUAGUAGUGUAUAUUCACCAAGUGAUAUUAAGGAGAUUUAUAUAUCAAAUUUUUCUCAAUAUUGAUUUUCUGAGAUCAAAGAGCGCGUAACAGGUGAAAGAAGCUUGAAACAGAAGCUGUAAUUUUCUUAUAAAAAUUAUGAUAAGAACUCAUGGAUAGUUGAAGAGUUUAUGAGGAUUAAUCCAUGUAAAAAUCCCACAGAAACUUGAGCAUUAAUGACGAGGUGCAGAAAUGUGCUAAUCAGCUGAUUGUAGUUUCUUUUAAGAGAACUGCAUUCUUAUUAUGGUAAAUUGGAAACAAUCACGAGUUGGAAAUA